AAAUGGGAAACAAUACUAAUCAGUAAGUAACCUGACUGCUUCUUGGACCAUUGAUUGAUCAAGUUUUGUAGGCCACAUGAGCCGCUACCAAAAUAUUGGGAGGUUCCUGAUUUUGAUAAACAUCCUAUAGCGUCCACAUUAUUUCGUAUACUCUGUUUAAUCUCGAUGGCAAGACCAUCUCUCAAACAACACUGGAUGUCUAAGAUCAGCGAUGAUGAAUGGGAGAAACAUAGGAAGAUUUCUGUUGAUAGGCUGAACAAUACUAACAUAGUGGCGGGCUUGGUCCUCACUACUUCGGCAAUUUUUGUUUCAACGCAACCGCCUCUGACAUCAUUUCUUCCAUACACCAUACGCGGUUGCUAUGUUUUAGCCCUAGGAUCUUUCGCGCAUGCCCUCGGUGGCCUGCUUUCCGGUUUAGCCGUGGUCAACAUAUAUGGAUCUUGUGAUCGAAUAUGGGCCAAAAGAGUCCUGACGUCCACACGCUUUCGCCUGUGUUGUACACUUCUGUUUAUGGGUUGGCCAACUGUAUCCCUCACACUUUCUAUCAUGUUUUUGAUGCUAUCUCUUAUGAUCGCGUGUUACGCUUCUGGAGUAUGGUGGCUUCAAUUCUUGGCGACAGUAGAGAUAUUAUCAUGGGCGUGGUUGCCCCCUCUCUUCGCUUGGUGCGCACUCGAAGAGACUCUGCCACCAAAGUUGCGGACACUCAGACGGCCGACUGGCCCCUGAAGUAUACGUACCUUUGAGGAACUGCGAUGGAUUCUGACUCGAUCAGGUCGUGUUUGAGCAUAUGUAUAUGUACGGCUAACGUGUCAACGAUCUUAGAUCGUCCCCAGAUAUGAUGCAUGUAUAUUAUCAGAGAUUGGUGUCGGACCAAACUGUCCGGAUAUGUUCUGUUGUAUAGGGAUUUCUUUCGAGAGCUCGAAUGAGUC